AUGUCUGUCUCCGAGGCCAAGUUCGACAAGGCUGUCAAGAUUGUGCAGGGCCUGCCCAAAGAUGGGCCCGUGAAGCCCACACAGGAUGACCAGCUUUACUUCUACAAGUACUACAAGCAAGCCACCAUCGGAGACAUCAACACUCCGCGUCCUGGAUUACUUGAUUUCGUGGGCAAGGCGAAAUGGGAUGCGUGGAAGUCGGUCGAGGGCACUUCCAAGGAGGAGUCGCGAACAAAAUACGUCGAGAGGCUGCUCGAGAUUCUGCGGGCGGCGACGGACGAGGAUUCGAAGAAGUACAUUGCAGAGAUCGAAGCUGCGGCGUAA